AUGUCAACUUGUAACGCAAUAGGAGCUUUCGAGAAAUUCGGAUGCUUCUGUGGCACUCUUUCAGCUUUCAUUUAUUUCGUUGUUCAGUUUCCUCAGAUAUAUAAAAAUUACAAAAGAAAAGCAACAAUUGGAUUUUCACAUUAUUAUGUCGUAAUCAGACUAUUCGGAAUUUCAUUUUUCGUUGUUAACUCAAUAAUCAAAAAGGUUACAUGGGUAUUUAUUCUUGCAGGUUUUCUUUUAUUCUUUUCGUAUAGUAUUCUUCUUAUUCAACAUGCAUAUUACGAAUUUAAACAUUGGGAUUAUUUGUAUUUCUUGAUGAUUAUAAUUCCACUCGUUCUUUCAAUAUGUUUUCCUUCAACAAUUAAUAUAACAGAUUUCGUAAGCCCGAUUUGUCAAGUUGUUUGCUAUAUUCCGUAUAUAAUAGAAUGCCUACAAAAAGAAACAACAUCUGGAAUAUCAAUGCUAAGCUUACAUUUUAAUUUUCUCGGUGCAAUCUUCGGAAUUUUGAUGUGCACUAUAUCAAUCCAAUGCGAUUCUGCUGGGUGGUUAUUACACAUAAUAUCAAUAUGCCAAUCUUGCGCUAUUUAUUUAAUUGCAAUAGAUUACGACGAAUUUGAACUUUUUGAUACAUAUAAGAAAGCACCAGAAGGCUUCAGAAACCAUGCUGAUUUUGAAGCAAUGGGAUCAGCUUAA